AUGGACAUUUUCACCAUGCCAUGUAACAUCUUCAGUGCUGGCUACAUAUGUGUAGAUGAACCAAAAACUGAUUACUACAGGAAAACCCUUACAUGGAAUAAAAGAAAUAUCAACCACACAAUGGUAACAGAAUUUAUUCUUUUAGGAUUUUCAGGAAUAAUUGAUCAUCAGUUUUUUCUUUUCCCCAUCUUUCUAUGUAUAUAUAUGAUCACAGUGAGUGGGAACCUGUCUAUAAUCAUUACCUAUAAGCUCAGUCCGAGCCUCCACACUCCAAUGUAUUUUUUUCUUGCCAAUUUUUCCAUCUUGGAAAUAAUGUAUGUUUCUUCUACUGUUCCUAAGAUGUUGUCCAGUUUAUUGUCAAAAUGUAAAGUCAUCUCCUUCUCUGGCUGUGCUGUACAGAUGUAUUGUGUCUUGCUGUUUGGUGGAACAGAAUGCUAUAUGCUGGCCGCCAUGGCUUAUGACCGGUAUAAUGCCAUAUGUCACCCUCUGAUGUAUACUCAGAUUAUGAGGGAAAUAGUCUGUAUCCAGCAUAUAGUGGGCUCCUAUGUCAUCGGUGCAGUUAAUGCUCUCAUACACACCGUGCUCACGUUUUCUUUACCGUUCUGUGGAUCCAAUGAGAUAGACCAUUUCUUUUGCGAUGUUCCUCCAGUACUAGAACUUUCCUGCCAGGACAUUUGGGUCAAUGAACUUUUAAUAUUUGUGAUUGCUGGAUGUGUAAUAUUCGGUUCAUUCAUAGUAACAAUGAUUUCCUAUACAGAGAUCGUUUCAAACAUUCUAAAACUCAGUUCCACGUUAGGCAAGAAAACGUUUGAAACCUGCUCUUCCCACUUAAUAGUUGUUGCUAUAUUUUAUGGUUCAGGAUUUUUCAUGUAUUUUAGACCCAGGUCAAGCUAUAGAGUUGGACAAAACAGUGUGGUCUCUUUAAUGUACACGGUAAUUGCUCCACUCUUAAACCCUUUUAUAUACAGUCUUCGAAACAAAGAGGUCAAGUCAAAUAUUAAAAUGUUAUUCUUACGGCUUAGGCAAUGUUCUCACAACAAUUUUUGA